UUAGCGAAUCACUACAGGCACGUUUCCGGAUUUGUACAGGAAGUGGUUUAAUAUCGAAGGCGCCCGGCACUAAAAUGAACACUCGAGGUCUUCGCUCUCAGCUCAAAGACAGCGUCCCUGUAGCAGGUCUUUGUCCACAGGCAGGAUCUUAUGGUGUACCUGAUACCCUGAGGAGAGGUUUUUCCAGCGUCAAAAAUGAGCUCCUUCCUUCUCAUCCUUUAGAGAUUUCAGAAAAAAAUUUUCACCUUAACCAGGAAAAGAUGAACUUUUCAACGUUAAGAAACAUCCAAGGACUUCACGCCCCAUUGAAACUCCAGAUGGAGUACAGAGCAGCCAAACAGAUUCAACGUUUGCCUUUUCUGCCGAGUUCCAAUCUGGCCCUCGAUACACUCAGGGGUGUCGAUGAGACCGUUGGAUUCGAGGACAUCCUUAACGAUCCUACCCAGUGCGAGCUGAUGGGCGAACCUCACAUCAUGACUGAGUACAAACUGGGUCUGAUGUGACCUUUAAGCUUUAAAUUUUUAUUAAAAACUGUUUUCUGGUCAUCGAAUGUUUUGACUGCAUUGAAUGCAAUUCACAUUGUUUUUUUUCUGUUUCUAAUAAAAACUUCAAGCAAUUAAA